AUGUUCGCUAGACCUGCAUUUUCAGGGCCGCUAGCAAGAGGCCGGCUAUUCUCUAGCAGCAGCAACCUACAUGCCGACUUCACACAUGCAGUUAUCGGAGCUGGAGUUGUAGGGCUUGCAGUUGCUCGUCAAUUAGCAGCUCGAGAAGGAACAUCAACUAUUCUACUAGAGAGACACUCAGCAGUAGGAACAGAGACUAGCAGUCGAAACUCUGAGGUUAUCCACGCCGGUCUAUACUAUGGUGUUGGAUCAUUAAAAACAAAACUAUGCAUUGAAGGGAAAGAAAUGCUUUAUGAGCUCUGUCAGAAGCAAAAUAUCCCACACUGCAACACUAAGAAGUGGAUUGUUGCCCAGGACGAGGAACAAUGGAAAGAAUGCCUAAAGGUUUUCCUCCAUGCUAAGGAAAUAGGUGUACCAAUUCGCUUUGUCUCUGUAGAAGAGGCAAAAAGGAGAGAGCCAGAUGUACGAGCAGAAGCUGGAAUCCUAGAAAGCCCCACGACUGGAAUAGUGGAUGUUCACUCCCUCAUGUCCUAUUUACACGGCAACUAUGAGGAAAGAGGCGGAGACUGCGUGCUGUUGACAGAGGUUCAUAAGAUCGAACCUCUAAAAAACGGACGUGGCUAUGAGGUUUUUACCAAAUCCGGAGAGAGAAAGGAUGAAGAGUCAUCUUUUACAGCGGAAACGCUUAUUAACUGUGCUGGUCACUUUGCUUGUGGAAUAAACAACAUGGUUUUACCCCCCGAAAGACAUCGAACACCACACUUCGCUAAAGGGACGUAUUUCUCAUACGCAGCUUCGUCACCAAAACCUUCGACGUUGCUAUACCCAGCACCUCGGCCCAGUUAUGGCGGGCUAGGUACACAUCUGACCCUCGACAUGGCAGGUCGGGUAAAGUUCGGUCCAGACGUCGAAUGGGUGGACAGUGCAGACAAUUUGAACCCAAGCCCAAAACGGCUAAAGCAGGCUAUUAAGGAAAUUCAAGCAUACUUACCUAGUGUUAAUCCCGAUGCGAUCGGCCUUGAUUACUGCGGUAUCAGACCGAAGUUAGUUAGGGGAGGGUCCGUCUCUUCUGGCAAGGAUUUCCAAGACUUUGUGAUUCAAGAAGAGGAGGGCUUUCCGGGUUUCAUAAACUUACUUGGGAUUGAGAGCCCCGGGUUGACUAGUUCUUUGGCUAUUGCAAAAAUGGUAGAGAAUCUUUUAUAUAGAUAA